CCCCUGCGUCUCUGGGCGUUAGAGCGCGGCGACUGUCGCUCCCGGGAAAGGACGGACUAGCGCGCUGCCUGACUCUCCGUGGCCAUGGCCGAGCGCUCCACUCCCCGGUGCUGCCUGGGCUGGGACUUCAGUACGCAGCAGGUGAAAGUUGUGGCUGUUGAUGCAGAGCUGAAUGUCUUCUAUGAGGACAGUGUGAAUUUUGACAGGGACCUUCCAGAAUUUGGGACUCAGGGUGGAGUUCAUGUUCACCAGGAUGGCCUGACAGUGACUUCUCCAGUCCUCAUGUGGGUCCAGGCUUUGGAUAGCAUCUUGGAGAAGAUGAAGACUUCAGGCUUUGACUUCUCGCGAGUCCUUGCCUUGUCCGGGGCAGGCCAGCAACAUGGAAGUAUAUACUGGAAAGCCGGGGCCAGUCGGGUGCUGACGAGCCUGUCGCCAGACCUCCCGUUACACGAGCAGCUGCAGGCCUGCUUCUCCAUCGGCGACUGCCCGGUGUGGAUGGACUCCAGCACCACCGCCCAGUGCCGCCAGCUGGAGGCCUCCGUGGGCGGGGCCCAGGCUCUCAGCGGCCUCACCGGCUCCCGCGCCUAUGAGCGGUUUACAGGAAACCAGAUUGCGAAGAUUUACCAGCAGAACCCCGAGGCCUACUCACACACAGAGAGAAUUUCCUUGGUCAGUAGUUUUGCUGCUUCCUUGUUCCUUGGGUCCUACUGCCCCAUUGACUACAGUGACGGCUCUGGAAUGAAUUUGUUGCAUAUCCGGGACAAAGUCUGGUCCCAGGCUUGCCUCCGUGCCUGUGCACCUCGCUUAGAGGAGAAGCUUGGCCCCCCGGUACCGUCGUGCUCUGUCGUGGGAGCCGUUUCUUCCUACUACGUCCAGCGCUACGGAUUUUCUCCAGAAUGCAAAGUGGUGGCCUUCACUGGGGACAACCCGGCAUCGCUGGCAGGCAUGAGGCUGGAGGAAGGUGACAUUGCGGUCAGCCUGGGCACCAGCGACACCCUGUUCCUCUGGCUCCAGGAGCCCACGCCUGCCUUGGAAGGCCACAUCUUCUGCAACCCGGUUGACCCCCAGCACUACAUGGCACUUCUGUGCUUUAAAAAUGGCUCCCUCAUGAGAGAGAAGAUCCGAGAUGAGUCGGCUGCCUGUUCCUGGAGCGAGUUCUCUAAGGCGCUGCAGUCCACGGAGAUGGGGAAUAGUGGAAACUUGGGCUUUUAUUUUGACGUAAUGGAGAUCACCCCCGAAAUGAUCGGCCGCCACAGGUUCAGCGCAGAAAACCGUGAGGUCUCAGCGUUUCCCAAGGACGUGGAGGUCCGAGCACUGAUUGAAGGGCAGUUCCUGGCCAAGAGGAUCCACGCCGAGGGCCUGGGCUAUCGAGUCAUGCCCAGAACAAAGAUUCUGGCCACAGGAGGGGCAUCUCACAACAGAGACAUAUUACAAGUGCUCUCGGAUGUGUUUGGCGCCCCAGUAUAUGUCACCGACACUGCCAACUCGGCCUGCGUGGGCUCUGCUUACCGGGCUUUCCAUGGCCUUGCAGCUGGGACAGAUGUGCCCUUUUCUGAGGUUGUGAAGUCAGCCCCAAGCCCCAGAUUAGCUGCUACCCCACGCCCAGGAGCUCCUCAGGUCUAUGCUGCCCUCCUCCCAAGGUAUGCCCAGCUCGAGCGGAGAAUCCUGUCCCAGUCCCGCGGGCUCCUGGAGUGAGUUCUGCAGGCCCAGGAGGCCCGCUGACCCUGCCUGCCCAGACUUGCUGAUCCCUCGUGGAGAUGAGGCCCUGGACAGCGGGGGAUCCUCUGCCCUGUUCUGGGAACCUGCCGCCUGAUUCCGAGGCCCUCCAGCCUGUCCUGGAUUCCCUGGAAGUCUGACUUAGCACAUCUUCCUGAGCAUAAAUGGGCCACUUGUGUCCCUGUGUCCUUGUGCUUGGGACAGGGAA